CAGAGAUUCUCGACGUAGCCUCACCCGAGUGCAUCCUCGUCCUGGCUUGGUCUUACGUCUCACCUCGUCUGCCCCGCUCGCCCCCGGAGCACGCUCCAUAUGUGGGAGGCGCCCCGCGCUUGCGGGGCGGCCGGGGCCAUGCCGCGCCCCGCGCCCGCUCGCCGCCGGGGCCCGGCGGCGCUCGCGGUGCCGCUGGCGCUGGCGGCGGGCUGGCUGCUGCCGCCAGCGGCCUGCGCCCGAGCGGCGGCCCGAGCGUCGACGCUCAGAGGCCUCGGCCCGCGCGUGGGGCCGCGCGAGGCGGCGGCGGCGCUGCGGCGAGCUGGCUGGAGAGGCGCCCGCUGCCAUGGCCAGCGCUGGGCAAGCGUUGCCCGGGCCGCUGGCGGCGUGGUGUUGCCGCCGCCAGCCUUGGAGGGCUCGCGGCACUCGUUGAUGCUGGACGUGGGCCGCACCAAGAUCGAACAGCCUGAUGCCCCUCCGCUGGGCGACGGACGGCAACCGGCUCGAGAUCCCGGUGAUUGUCGAGUUCCGCCCCGGCGGUGUGCUGCAGGUCGUGCAGGCCGGGGACUUCUUGGGCGAGUGGACGGAGCCUCCCGACAGCGCCCUCGUCAUGGGGGUCCUGUCGUUCGUCACCGGCGACGAUGGGCUGCCCAAGUCGGGGGCCACGCUUGUGUCCCCGAGCAUCUCUGGAGGGUCGUGGAGGAUGUCCGACGCCGAGGGUGGGCCAUUGUGGAGUUCGACCUGGAGACCAGCGGCUUCCACAGGCAGACUAUCUGGCUGCCCAAGACCAGGCUGCACUUCAAGGCCAAGGUCUACGGCACGACCCUAUCCGGCGGGGCGGAGCCGCCGUUCCUGAUCCGCGAGAGCACGUUGUCUCUGGGGGUGUUCUUGGCCGUUGUCUUGGGCCUGAUUAUUGGUCCGGUUGGUUGGAUGAUGUCAGUCAUAGCAUUUGUUGUGCGUGAGGUGAGCAUUUGCGUUGGGACGUGGACCUCGAGGACCAUCAAUGGCGACGUGGACAAUGAGAGUGCUUCUCCAGUUACGCUUCGAGGUGACGUGCCAGAAUUGUGGCGAUGACGUUUAUGUGUGUCUUCACUGCGUGUUGGACAUCAUCAAACAGACAAAUAGGUUGGCAAAACUGCUGUAACUUCGAUGAAAUGGUGGACGACCAAACUGAUAAAUUACUAACAGAAACAAGCGUGGACUAUAGAUUGCGAAGUGCUGCUUGGCGAGGCAAUUGAUGAAUGUAGCAUGCGUCAAGCCAAAACUGCGUAACUCUGGGGGUGCAGCACUCGCCGCCCGGGGUCCGCCACGGACGUCUUUGAAUGUGGCAACCUCGCAACGGCGUUGGCGGAUUCAAGGGGAGGCAGGUGGG